AGAGUGUCCUGUGGGGGAGGGGAGCGGGAACGGGAACGCGCCGAGAGCGGGAGCGCGCUACAGCCGGGCUACCGACCGACCGACCCCCACUCACCCACUCACUCGGUGCCUCUCCCGCCGCCAUAUGGACGGCUAGCGCCCGCCCGCCCGCCAACCCGCCAACCCGCCAGCCACACGUACAUGCGAGCCCCGCCGCCGCCUCCUCCUCCCCGGCCUCAGUCCCAGCCCCAGCCCGCGGCCGCGUAGGCCUCGCACGGCCCCGGCCUCCUCCAGCCCCCGGCCCCGGCCCCACCGCACUCCUCCCCGGUGAUGAGCGACCCCUGAGGCGCUGCCCGACCCCCGAGACAAGCGGAGCCGCUGGUGGGAGCAGAGCCCUGGGUUAUCUAAACCGCCCCAGAUGCUGCCUGACCUGCUGAGUUCCUCCAGCACUGAGAUUUAUUCAAGAUUCUACAACCUGCAAUUCCUUAUAUCUCUGUCAUUGGCUGAGAGCGGCGCUGGAAGUGUGAGUGAUUGGGCCUCACUUUAUUGGUAACUGAGGCAUCGCUUGCACUGCUCGUGAACCUCACAGUUUGAGGUGGGGCUAAGAUGAGCAUAACCAGUGACGAAGUAAAUUUCCUGGUUUAUCGAUAUCUCCAAGAAUCGGGUUUCUCUCAUUCAGCUUUCACGUUUGGAAUCGAAAGUCACAUCAGUCAGUCGAACAUCAACGGCACACUAGUACCACCUGCAGCUUUGAUCUCCAUCCUUCAGAAAGGACUGCAGUAUGUCGAGGCAGAGAUCAGCAUCAAUGAGGACGGCACGGUGUUUGACGGGCGGCCGAUCGAGUCGCUGUCUCUGAUCGACGCUGUGAUGCCCGACGUUGUUCAGACCCGACAGCAGGCGUUCAGAGACAAGCUGGCACAGCAGCAGCAACAGCAGCAGCAACAGUUGCAGCAUCAGCAGCAGCAGCAGCAGCAACAGCAGCAGCAACAGCAGCAACAGCAGCAACAGCAGCAACAGCAGCAACAAGCAGCAGCUUCCUCGACCCCACAGCAAGCAACACCAAAGAAUGGAGAAGCCACUGUCAACGGCGAAGAAAACGGGGCACACACCAUCACCAAUAAUCACUCUGAUGCCAUGGAAAUCGAUGGCGAUGUUGAAAUCCCUUCCACCAAAUCCACAGUCUUAAGGGGGCAUGAAUCAGAAGUGUUCAUCUGUGCCUGGAACCCAGUCAGUGAUCUCCUGGCAUCAGGUUCUGGAGACUCAACUGCACGAAUCUGGAACCUGAAUGAGAACAGCAACGGUGGACCGACUCAGUUAGUGCUGCGGCACUGUAUCCGAGAGGGCGGCCAAGACGUGCCCAGUAACAAGGACGUCACAUCACUUGACUGGAAUAGUGAUGGAACGCUUCUGGCCACGGGAUCAUACGAUGGAUUCGCAAGGAUAUGGACAAAGGAUGGCAACCUCGCGAGCACCCUGGGACAACACAAAGGGCCCAUAUUUGCUUUAAAAUGGAACAAGAAGGGAAACUACAUUCUCAGUGCGGGUGUUGACAAGACGACAAUAAUUUGGGAUGCUCAUACAGGCGAAGCUAAGCAACAGUUUCCAUUUCAUUCAGCCCCUGCCUUGGAUGUGGAUUGGCAAAACAACACUGCAUUUGCAUCCUGCAGCACGGACAUGUGCAUUCACGUCUGCAGGCUGGGUUGUGACCGUCCUGUCAAGACAUUCCAGGGGCACACCAAUGAAGUCAAUGCAAUUAAGUGGGACCCAUCUGGCAUGUUACUUGCAUCCUGCUCAGAUGACAUGACACUGAAGAUUUGGAACAUGAAGCAGGAUGCCUGUGUGCAUGAUCUCCAAGCCCACAACAAGGAGAUCUACACCAUCAAGUGGAGCCCCACUGGGCCCGGCACCAACAACCCCAACUCUUACAUCAUGUUAGCCAGUGCUUCGUUUGAUUCAACUGUACGCUUGUGGGACGUGGAACGAGGGGUUUGUCUCCACACCUUGACCAUGCACCAGGAGCCGGUCUACAGCGUCGCCUUCAGUCCUGACGGCAAAUACCUCGCCAGUGGCUCUUUUGACAAAUGUGUCCACAUAUGGAAUACCCAGACAGGAUCUUUAGUGCACAGCUACCGAGGCACUGGAGGCAUCUUUGAAGUGUGUUGGAAUGUGUCUGGGGACAAAGUGGGAGCAAGUGCAUCAGAUGGUUCUGUGUGUGUGCUCGAUCUCCGGAAAUAGCCGAGCGCGGGCGUGAAGCAGGGUGUAAGAUUAGACCAGCAGUGAGCCUGUGGCAGCAGCAGCCCCUCACUCACAGUGUGUCAGUUCCACAUCCACAAGGACCCGACCUACAAUGAAAUGGUUCAAACCAGCUCUCCCUGCCCACUUAAUGUUGAUUUUAUUUUAGUUGCCUUUCCACGAAAAUGAUGUUAUUGUCUGUGAGUUUCCUCCGCGCCCCACCUCCCCCCCCCCCCCCCCCCUCCCCCCCCCCCCCCCCCCCCCG